GAGACAUUUGUGAGAACCAAAAGAGAGGAACAUAAGGGAGUGUGCAACGCUAAUGGGUACCGUGUCUCUUCUCAAGUGCUACACACCCUUUUUCUCCAUGCUUUUCCCCCACCCAGUUCGAGCCGUUUUCCCCGCUACCCGCGCCGCCAUCUUCAGGAGAAAGAACCUUCGUUCUUUCUGCGCUGGCUCAUCUCAGCCGUUGACAACGGCGGAGAAGGAUUGUAGCAAAUCCGACAGCGAUAGGCUCACGUUGACGAAUCCAUUGCCGGAUGUGUGGCUUCACAACACCAUGAGUAAAAAGAAGGAACUCUUCAAACCCAAAGUGGAAUCCAAAGUGGGAAUGUAUGUGUGCGGUGUCACUGCUUAUGAUCUCAGCCAUAUUGGUCAUGCUCGCGUCUACGUCAAUUUCGACCUUCUUUACAGAUACUUUAAGCAUUUGGGAUUUGAAGUCUGUUAUGUUCGCAAUUUCACUGAUGUAGAUGACAAGAUAAUUGCUCGAGCAAAGGAGUUAGGAGAAGAUCCACUCAGUUUGAGCCAGCGCUACUGUGAUGAGUUCUGUCAAGACAUGGAAAAUCUAAAUUGUCUGCCCCCUUCUGUGGAGCCCAAAGUCUCAGAGCACAUGCCACAGAUCAUUGAUAUGAUACAGAAGAUUCUUACAAAUGGGUACGCCUACAUUGUUGAUGGGGAUGUUUACUAUGAUGUAGAAAAAUUUCCAGAAUAUGGGAAACUAUCUAGUCGAGAUUUAGAAGAUAAUCGAGCUGGUGAGAGGGUUGCUGUUGAUUCAAGGAAGAAAAAUCCUGCUGAUUUUGCUCUUUGGAAGUCUGCAAAGCCAGGGGAGCCAUUUUGGGAAAGUCCCUGGGGUCCUGGAAGACCUGGAUGGCAUAUUGAAUGCAGUGCCAUGAGUGCAGUUUAUCUUGGUUACUCUUUUGACAUUCAUGGUGGAGGGAUUGACCUUGUGUUUCCUCAUCAUGAAAAUGAAAUUGCUCAGAGCUGUGCUGCAUGUAAGAAAAGUGAUAUAAGUCUAUGGAUGCACAAUGGUUUUGUCACCAUUGACUCUGUGAAGAUGUCUAAAUCUUUGGGAAAUUUUUUCACAAUCCGGCAGGUUGUAGAUGUUUACCAUCCGCUGGCAUUAAGAUAUUUUUUGAUGAGUGCCCAUUAUCGGUCUCCUAUUAACUACUCCCAUAUACAGCUUGAAAGUGCUUCAGACCGUGUUUUUUAUGUAUAUGAGACAUUACAUGAAUGUGAAAGCUUUCUGAAUCAACAUGAUCAGACAGUUAGGAAAGAUUCCAUCCCGACAGAUACUUCGAGUAUUAUUAAAAACUUCCACGAUGUUUUUUUUACCUCAAUGUCUGAUGAUCUUCACACUCCAGUUGUGUUGGCUGGACUGUCUGAACCAUUAAAAUCAAUCAAUGAUUUGCUGCAUACUCGGAAGGGGAAAAAACAACAAUUUCGAAUAGAAUCACUCACAGCUUUGGAGAAGAGCAUCAGGGGCGUCCUUACUGUUUUAGGACUUAUGCCUGCAAGUUACUCUGAGGUUUUGCAGCAGCUUAGGGAAAAAGCUUUAAACCGCGCAAACUUGACAGAAGAUGAAGUCUUGCAGAAAAUUGAAGUAAGGGAUGCUGCAAGAGUACAAAAGGAGUAUGCUAAAUCAGAUGCAAUAAGGAAGGAUUUGGCUGUUGUUGGUAUUACUCUUAUGGACAGUCCAAAUGGCACAACUUGGAGGCCCACCAUUCCUCUUCGCCUUCAAGAGCUACUCUAGUCAAUAGUCAAGAUAAGCUUCAGUUGUUCAGCAUCUCCAUAGCCAAACCAAGAUAUGAAAGUUUGAUUUCGGUAUAAGGAAUUAUAAGGGAUGCCACACGGGUGUAUCUCCCUAUCACCUGCACAAGCGAUCCUUUUUUAAUACCUUAUGCCAUAAAAACAUGAAUUACAAUUUCUGUCUUCAUAGAAAUACGUAAGUUAGUUAACUAUAUUUUUUUUCUAUUUAUAUCAUUAUUUGGACUACAAUCAUAAAUACUGUACAACGCUAAUUUUUUGACGAUUUAUAUUUUAUUUUUCCAUGUUCCAAACAGGCUAUAUAACAACCACAUAUUAAGAAAAAUGAAAACCUAAUACACAAUCCGUAUCCCGUUAAAGUU